AUGAAGUGUUUCGCACUGUGCUUGGUUUCUUUCUGGGUUCUCUUUGCUUUCUUAUUUCAGAGUGUGUCAUCCCGAAAUUUAUCUGUGAGUGCCAUAAAGCAAGCUGCCUCGCCGCCGAGAGGUUGGAACUCGUAUGAUGCAUUUUCGUGGAUAAUUUCUGAACAAGAAUUCUUACAGAAUGCCGAAAUUGUUUCUCAGCGUCUCAGUGCUUUUGGAUACGAGUAUGUUGUGGUGGAUUACCUCUGGUAUAGGAGGUUUGUAAAUGGUGCUAAUAGUAAUUCUCUUGGAUUCGACGUGAUUGAUGAAUGGGGAAGGAUGGUCCCUGAUCCAGGAAGGUGGCCUUCUUCCAAUAAUGGGAAUGGAUUCUCUCAAAUAGCUAAAAAAGUGCAUAGCUUAGGUUUGAAGUUUGGGAUUCAUAUUAUGAGAGGGAUAAGCACACAAGCUGUGAAUGCAAACACCCCUAUCCUAGAUCCAGCAACGGGUCGUGCCUAUGAAGAAUCCGGUCGAGUGUGGCAUGCAAAAGACAUAGCAAUUCCAGAAAGGACUUGUGCAUGGAUGUCUAAUGGUUUCAUGAGUGUAAAUACAACGUUAGGAGCAGGAAGAGCUUUUUUGAAAUCACUUCACCAACAGUAUGCUGCUUGGGGUGUUGAUCUUGUGAAACAUGAUUGUGUGUUUGGUACUGACUUGGAUAUAAAUGAGAUCACCUAUGUAUCUGAGGUUAUCAGCCAGCUUAACCGCCCCGUUACGUAUUCUUUAUCUCCCGGACCUGGUGCGACACCAGCCAUGGCCAAGGAAAUCAGUGGACUAGUCAACAUGUAUCGCGUAACAGGCGAUGACUGGGAUAAAUGGUCGGAUGUCGAGCCUCACUUUGAUGUAGCAAGGGACUUUUCUAAUGCGAAUUUGAUAGGAGCAAAUGGUUUAAAGGGAAAUUCUUGGCCUGAUUUGGACAUGCUACCAUUUGGAUGGAUAACUGAUCCAGGUGCGAAUGAAGGUCCACAUAGGUAUUGUAGGAUGACUCUAAAAGAGCAAAAGUCGCAGAUAACUUUAUGGGCUAUAGCAAAGUCUCCCCUUAUGUAUGGAGGAGAUUUGCGGAAGAUCGAUCCUUUCACAUUCCGAAUGAUCACGGACCCUACCCUGCUAGAGAUUAAUUCUUUCAGCCUAAAUAAUAGGGAGUAUCCUUAUGCCAACGGCUUUGUGCAUUCGAAGAAUGAAGAUCACAAAGUAAAGAAAAUUACACAUUCAUUAGGCCUAACUAGCUGCGCUGAAUCGAAGGCAAGUGGUUGGACUGCGGAAAGUCUUGACCAUGAUCUUCAAAGAAUCUGUUGGAAAGUGGGUUUAGAAAACAAGAAUCAGAACCCUUUUUGUGUAAACAAGAGAGAACUUCAAUUCAAAUUAAACGGAGACAAUACGUAUCAAGAGAAAUAUCGCGGGAAAAAUCAUUUAGUUGCAACCAACGAAAUGAGACUUUGCAUGGAUGGUUCUCCAAAACAAAAAGUAACUGCCAACGAGUUAAAGAUAGGCACAUUUUCUCCUUGUACAUUGGAUUCAAAUCAGAUGUGGGAGCUAAACUCUAAUGGAACCUUGGUAAAUAGUUACUCUGGUCUUUGUGCAACAGUAAAUUCUGUUGAAGUUAAUUCUAACUCAGGUGGGAUUCGUUCAUGGGUUGCAACAGGAAGAAAAGGAGAAUUGUAUCUGGCUUUCUUCAAUCUGAGUGAUCAGGAGAUGACGAUAGAAACAACGACAUUAGAUUUGAAUAGGUUUCUCCCUGGCGGAGGCUUGCAUACAUGUCAAGGUACUGAAGUAUGGACUGGACAGAAAAUUGUACCAAGGGAAACUCGAGGGAUGAUAGCAGCAGAAGUUGGAGUUCAUGGAUGUGCAAUAUUUGCUUUUACUUGCUAA